AGCAACGUCAACGUAUUUUUUGUUAAACAUGUUCGUAGCUAACUUUUUUUAAAUAGCUAACCUAUGCCGAUCAUAAACCUUUAUGAACUGAUGACAGGGUAAUAGUUUUUAGUUAUGUGGAAGUAUAUAAUCAACCUACUUUACAACUACUUUUUGUUCACUGUUUGAAUUGGAAUUAGAAAUGCUUCUGAUCCGCCACUGAUCGGCGGCCCGCUAGGUUUUCCGUUGAGCCUGCGGCGGGCGGCAUGGGGCCCCGCGUUGAGUCAGACGACAACGGACCGGCCUGCCAGACCUCCGAUCCGCGAAGCGCCAACGGUGGUGGUUUAUUGUUUCGCGAAGAGCGCUCCUGUACUAACGCGCCUACCGCAACUUCGUGCUUCGAGCGCUUACUUUUGCCAGACACAUUCAUACCUGUAUUCGACAUGGCUGUGUUCACACUUCAUCUCGCGAUCGUCGCGCUAUGUGUGGUUUUCGUAAAUUGCCAGGAUGCAACAACCCUUGCCCCGCAGACAUCCCCUCAAGAGGCAGCCGAUGCUCCAGCGGCAGCUGAUGCUGAAGCAGCAGCAGAUGCCCCAGCGCCAGAAACCUCCCCUCAACCAGAGCCUACUAACCGUUCGGUUCCAAAAGAUGUAGUUGUGCCAGAACAGGAAUCCGAGGACUUGAGGAAUGGGGUGCAAUUCACCACCUGGAACGAGAUCACCAACGGUCAUACUCGUACAUUCCCGACAACAAUUAAUCGGGUUCAUUCAUGGAUUAAAAAUUGUAUUUUAGAUAUUAACUAAUUGUAAUUGUUGUAAAAAUGAUAUAUGGGUGAAUAUCCGGUAUUUUAGCUUUCAAUGUUCCACCAAAAGAAUCCUAAUCAAAGAGACAUAUUGUGUAAAUAAACCACCCUGUAAAAUUAUGAUGCUUUGAAACAUUUAAUGAAAUUGAGAUAACAAUUAAAAUUUAGGCGCAAUCUGCUUGAAAACUAACAAAAAGCAUCAUGCUCGAUUUCCAUC